CUCCACUCCUGCUCCAGCCAUGUCAGCUACUGGUCAGUUAGUUUUCAGUUGGUACCCCACUCCUGCACUCUGAAGUAAAUCCAGUUCGGCUUUCUGAUUUCAUUUCCCUUCAGUAAUAACUUUCUUUGUUCAGAAAAACAAAGUCUUCAGAAGAUCACUUCAACUCCCUCUCACGAGAAAAAAAAAAAAGAGUUCACAAACCCUUCAGUUUUUGUUCAACCGUUAUUUUUCUGGUCAGUUGUUGGAAAGGAUACUUUUGCGUAGUUAAAUGACAACACGAAGGUUCGGCGUCAAGACUUGCUAAACUAGAAGUCGACCACCACAAAACAAAGAAAGGCUACUCCAGGUUGUGUGGCAUGAAAAAUAUGCACGAAGCAGGCUGGCGUUCCCUCGGAGUCUCCACUGAGCUGAAAGGCACACACUACCUGGCUAAAACGAGAUAACGGCGAACCCCGUUUCACCUGCAUCAUGUCCUCCGACGCUGAGCCAGAUCCCAAAAUGCCCGUGAAUCCCCCUCCUCCAGAGGUGACCGAUCCCAACAAGCCUGGCCGACGGACCAACCAGCUGCAGUACAUGGAGAAAGUGGUGGUGAAAGCUCUGUGGCGGCACCAGUUCGCUUGGCCGUUUUACCAGCCUGUUGAUGCAGUCAGUCUCGGGCUACCAGACUAUCAUAAGAUCAUAACAUCUCCCAUGGACUUGGGCACCAUCAAGAAACGCCUGGAGAACAACUACUACUGGAGUUCAAGCGAAUGCCUGCAAGACUUCAACACCAUGUUUACCAACUGUUACAUAUAUAACAAGCCUACCGAUGACAUCGUGCUGAUGGCUCUUGCCUUGGAGAAGAUUUUCUUGCAAAAAGUUUCCCAGAUGCCUCAGAAAGAGGAGGAGAUUGUUCCUCAUGCAGGCAAAGGGAAAGGCAGAAAAAGCAUCCCUCCAGAAAAAAGGAUGAGGCCUGAAGGCACGGGCCGAGCAACCACUCCUACCAAGAGCGACUUUGAAGCAAGGGACAUUCCAAACCCAAACACAGAACAUGGAGGACUGAGGGAGCAGCUGAAGUACUGCAGCAACAUCCUGAAGGAGAUGCUGUCGAAAAAACAUUCCGCCUACGCCUGGCCAUUCUACAGGCCUGUAGACGCUAAAGCUCUGGGGAUUCACGAUUACCACGACAUCAUCAAAUACCCAAUGGAUCUCAGCACUGUGAAAAAAAAGAUGGAUGGAGGAGAGUACCAGGAUGCGCAGCAGUUCGCUGCAGAUAUCCGCUUAAUUUUUUCCAAUUGCUACAAGUACAACCCCUCCCAUCACACUGUGGUCGACAUGGCCAGAAAGCUUCAGGGAGUGUUCGAACAGAGGUUUGCUAAGAUGCCAGAUGAGCAAGUGGGGGUCACCGCUCCCAGCUGCACCAUCAGCAGUCCGGCUAGUUUGGACAGAUCUGAGUCAACAGUGGAGGACUCCACCCGGUUUGCUGAGGCACGAAAACAGCUAAAGACCGUUGACGGACAGCAUGCAGCCGUUUUUCAAACCCCAAACCUGCGGAAGGAGAAUGACCAGAAAGAACAUGGCGGGGAUGUACCUAAAAGUGCUUCAAACCCUAUAGUUCGGAAUCCAUUGAAAGAAAACAAAGAUUGGGAUUUGAGAGAGAAAGCUUUGCCGGCUACACACGAGGAAAGACGGGAUUCAGACAAUAAAGCCUUGCCGAUGACGUAUGAGGAAAAACAUCAGCUGAGCCUCGACAUCAAUCGCCUUCCUGGCAUGAAGCUGGCCCGCGUGGUCGAAAUCCUUCAAGCGUCGGAGCCCACCAUGUGCACCAAUAACCUGGAUGAGAUUGAGAUCGACUUUGAGUUACUGAAGCCGUCCACUCUGCGGAAGCUCGAGCAAUAUGUCAGAACCUGCCUGUUCAAGAAAUUCAAAAAAUAUCAAAAGAAGACCAGCAAAAGUGCCUCUCAGUCUGUCAGCACAAGCAGCAGUUUGUCAGAUUGUGCCUCCACCAACUCAAGUUCAGAAGACACUGACUCAUAAUCUUUGUUGUUCUCUAUUUAUAUCUCGCUCUGAGGACCAAAAGUUGUUACAUGUUAAACGUUUGUUGUUUUUUUUAUCUGUUUCUGUACAUAUUUUAAAUGUUGAAAAUAAACCUUUCUACCUUUUUUAUUCAGUGUUUUUUUCUAAUGUCUAACAUCUUAAAAGUUUCCAAGAAUCGUUUUAUGGUGUUCUUUUUAACAUUUAUUCAAUAAGCUUUGUCAUUGUACUAUUAGGCUUUUUGACAGCUUUUCACUUAUGAUCAUAAAAUGUUGGUGUCAUAAUUUAAGCCUGUUGCUGAAAUUAAAGAUGCAUUUGUCCUAAUGUAUAACAUCUCGUAGGCAGGAGUUUUUCUGUUCACCUACGGAGUUACUCAGGGCUCUAUGUUCAGUCCCUUGUUUGAUGUGAUAUACAGGUGCAAAAACAGCAGAAAUAAUGCUUUAGAGUGGCCAUAACAAAUUCCUUGUACUUAUUUUUUGUUAUUUGUUUUUUUAGUAAAUUAUUGCUGUCCCGAAGGACAGAGCCAAGGAAAAGUCCCCACGUCUGCCAGAACCGAAACACUUGAACCGCUGUACAGUUGUACCCUGACACCAACACUGCUCUGAACCUGAUGAACAAAGGUGAAUAAAAGCUCUUCAAAGUGC